CUGAGACCAUAAAUGUAAUUUCCGGUUCCAUUAACGUAACAACCGGUUACAACUAAUUUCGAACAUUUGGCGCUAAAGAUGGAGACCUGUUCUAAUAAAGAGACCGAUUAUAGGGUGAAGUUAACGUCCAAAACAAUUGUGGUCGAACAUAUUAAGAAAUACAAAGAACUGCUGAAGACGUUAUUGAAUAGCCAGUCUCGGCUAUCCGAGGAAGCCAAGCAACUGUUCCGGAAAGAGUUGCUGUUGAACUUUGAGACUGCUGUUCAAGAAAAUGUAUUGAUAAAUGAUGAGACCUGGGAUGAAGCUCCUGAGGAAGAAGAUGAAGCCAAUGCCCUUCAAAAUCUGCUGGAUGACAACAUUGUGGAAACUGCUCAGAAACGACGUAAAUGUCCAAAAGAAAUCAUCCCUUAUGUCGUCCGGUCACUGAAGUCUGAGCGCAAACUCCUGGGAUUAUAUAAAGAAGUAGUGAAACCAGAAGAACUGCAAAUGGACCCAGUACAAGAAACCAUCAUGUCAAGCGUAUCAGAUGCAGCACCAUGUAUGUUCAAGCAUGCCAGCACAGUAGUGAAGUCUAUCCAGGCAGUGCAGCAGAGGGCCGAGGGCCUGAAACAGGUGCUGAACAGCCGUCCCUCGGCCGAGUCCCUGGACGUGUUGGAGGACGUGUUCGCUAGCAUGCCCAAUAAGGCGAGCAAAAUGACAAGCAGGGAAAGACCACCAAUCAAGAGAGCCGUAGAGUACACAGAACUCAGAAACAACUAUGCUCCUGGUCUGAAGAGGCCGGCCAUUUUUUACAGCAAUGACAAAUCUGAGUGAAAUGUAAAUGCUUCCUGAUUAUGGAAUGGGGUACCCUUAUUUGUGCUUAGAAGAAUGCAAUUGACUGAAAUGGAGUCAAAAUCCCCAUUAAACCUAGCAGUAGGACAUGGUUGUGGCUCUUUGUGUUAAUUCAGCGUUUUUUUGAUUUGUUUAGGCUUUCACUGCCUUGGUGUUUUGAUGUGUGUAAAUCUCUUUUGAUAUGUAUGCAUGGAGGUAUGGAUGUAAUAUGGUAUUUUUAAGUCUUGUUCUAGAGUUUUACAUAAGUACCAAAAAACUGAAGUGGUGUAUGCCUAAAUGAAACAAACAUUAAAGCAGAUUUUUUUUUUAUCCCCUAUGGAAGAAAUGAGUGGUGAAAUAAUGUUUGAUAUUUAAUGCUUGAUCAUGGUUUGCUGCUAGGUUUUGUGGGGAAUUGCAGCGAAUUUGUAUUUAUUUUUCCUGUCUAUACUGUAGUACUAAUUUCUUGUUUGCAGCAGUCUGUGAUACAAUAGCGCCCUCACCUGAUGGAUAAUGGGAAAUAAAUCCAAUAUUAGUGAUCCUUAUUGCGUGUGUGUGCGCGUGACACGUACCGACUUUAUGUAUUAACACAUUUUUAUUUUUUUGCAUUUGUCACCGCUUGGAAUGCCCUUAUGCUAAUAAAGGUAACUUAAACCACA